UUUUAAUGCUGAUAUCUUUUGAAAAAAGUCUAUAUGUUUCAGAGAAUAGCACGUGCGAAUAUUGCAAUAGGAUUCCUUGAAAUUUUAGAUGCAAAUUGAUUACGCGUUUCUUCUUCUUAUACUGUUAUUAUAUUAAAAAUACAAAAAAAUACACUUCCGAUAUUAGGUGUUCUGACAUGCGAGGCUGGCUGCGUUUUACAGGAUUUGGAGAAUCACUUGGCUACCGUUGGAUUGAUGAUGCCCUUAGAUUUGGGGGCUAAAGGCAGCUGUUUAAUCGGCGGUUGCGUUUCGACUAACGCUGGUGGAGUACGACUUUUGCGUUACGGCAAUCUUCAUGGAAACAUUCUGGGACUCGAAGCGGUAAAGGCAAAUGGCGAUAUUGUGGAUGCUCUGAAUGUGCUAAAGAAAAACAACACCGGAUAUCAUCUAAAGCAUCUCUUUAUCGGUUCGGAAGGAACAUUAGGAAUUGUAACUAAAGUUGUUAUUCAAUGUCCACCGUUACCGAAAGCUGUGAAUGUCGCGUUUCUAAGAUUGGCAAGUUUUGAUAAGGUGUUAAAAACAUAUCAUCUAGCGAAACGCCAGUUAAGUGAAAUCUUGUCUUCGUGUGAGAUGAUGGAUCGACUAUCUUUGGAUGUCUCCAUUACUAAUCUGGGCAUGAAGAAUCCAUUGACAAGCCGUAAAAAUGGUCAUGAGUUUUACAUGCUUAUUGAAACUUCUGGUAGUCACUUGACUCAUGACGAAGAAAAGUUAUCCUCUUUCUUGGAGGAAGCAAUUAACAACGACCUCAUCGAAGAUGGUACUUUGACUAAUGAAACGACAAAACUUAAUAAUAUAUGGGGACUUCGAGAAAGAAUCAGCGAAGGUGUAUUACGUGAUGGUUACGUUUUCAAAUACGACAUUUCUUUACCACAUUCGUUCUUUUAUGAAGUUGUUGAAGUACUUCGUAAGCGAAUACGUGAUCCUCGUAUUGUUAGAAUAAGCGGUUAUGGCCAUUUAGGCGAUGGAAAUAUCCAUGUACAAGUCUCCAUACCAGAAUAUUACAACGACGUAGCCGCACAAUUGGAACCAUUCAUUUUUGAAUAUGUUUCUCAAUGCCGUGGUAGCAUAAGUGCAGAGCAUGGAAUUGGAUUCAAGAAAACUAAAUAUCUUCAUAUGAACAGAAGUUCUUCCGAGAUUGAGAUGAUGUACAAUCUAAAGAAAAUGAUGGAUCCAAAUGGCAUUCUGAAUCCGUAUAAAGUCUUAAAGCCAAUUACCGAAGAAUCAUGAUUGUCAUAGAAUGACGUAAGCCAAAAUGAUGUAAAUUUUUUAAUAUUAUUUACUAUUAUUUUAUAUUUUAAUAUCAUUAAUGUGCCAUUUAAGUAGAAUAGAUAGGAGAUAAAGCAAAGCUGUGCCGCUAUCUAAAUGAUUAUCUUGAUAUCUAUGAUGUCUAUCUAUAAUUGAAUUUAAAAUGUUGACAUAUCAUCGACAUAUUGUAUGUUAAGGUUCAUUUCUCUUGUCACAGCCAUAUUGAUUUAUGAUAUUUAAGUUAGAAAUGAAAUGCAAUAAAUUAAUUGCUAUACACAGCUUCAUGUUUUAAUUUUCUCUUAAAAACAAUAAUUUUGUGAUCUUGAAACUUGUAAAAUAUGUGGAAAACUGAAACGUUUCUGAUCUGUCAUGUAAAAGUUAUUUAGUUUUUACAGUUUUUUAAGAAGAACUAAAAGAUAAAAUUGUAAUAAUUUUAUUAUAUAUCAUUUCUCGCCUAUGUUAUAAAAUAUGUUUAUUUAAAAGAAUCAAGAGUCUUAAUACAAUAUGUUCGAUCUUGCAUAUGUGCUGAUUUCAUAUCCAAGUACUAUAUUUUUUUCUCUUGGCUAUCUCUUUUCCAUCUGUGGAUAAAAGCAGAUGAAAUGUUACAGUGACUAAUGUUUCACUUGAAAUAGAUACGAGGCGUAAUUAGUAACAGCUAUAAAGAAUAUCAAAAUACAAGCCAUAUUCUCAGCUCAUUUUUAUCGAUAUAUUUAUACCGUCAAUGAUAAUUACAAAAUGCAUGAAAACUAUAAAAGCAUUACUAAAAUUAUGCUUUAUAAUUAUAUUAUUAAUUAAAUUUGUUUUAAUUUAUAAAUGUUUAAAUUUAAAAUUUAUUAAAUGUGUGUCUUGUCAUCAACACAAUAGUGUAUCUUUCUUAUGUGAUAAGUGCAUAUCUAAGCACAUUUAUUGGUGCACAGCUAUCAAGAAUAACAUAAAAGUGCUAUAAAUAUAAUUUAGAAUAGAAUUUUCACUCUAAAAUUAUUCCUUUUAACCUAAGACUGACGAUGUUCUUUUAAAAUUAUUAGUAAAU